ACGUUCAUCGCUAUCAGCUGAUGGGCGAUAUGCACAACAACACCAACAUAACAAAUUUACUUAGUUCAUCCACCGGCUCCAAAAUAAAAUAUAGCAAGAAAGUGUGAUAAAUUAAUUAAAACAAAAUCCAUUCAUUCAUAAUUAUUACAAAUUCUUUAAAAUCUAACUAUAACCAAAACUACCAAGUUUUAACAAUGUCCAUAAGCCUGUUAUCGCCUCUCAAAAAUGCUGUCGCUGGCAGAAGAAUUAUACAAUUCCAAUUGCGAUUCCUUUCACAACAAGCACCACCACCCAAACCAGAGAAUAUCCAAAAUCCAAAUGGAACAUCAACGACAAACCUUGAAGUGGAACAUCAUUCAAGAUUAGCAUCCGAAUGGUGGAACAAAGUUGGCACCCUGAAAGGACUUCAUGCCAUGAAUGCAAUAAGAGUUCCCUUUGUUCGUGAUGGGAUUGUAGCCGCUGCAAAAGUUGAUUCCGAACUUCAACACACAACAAAAGUUCUAAAGGACAAACAAAUUUUGGAAGUUGGUUGUGGUGGUGGGAUUUUCACCGAAAGUCUUGCUCGACUUCAUGCCAAUAUUACGGCCAUCGACUUAAGUGAUGAAUUAAUCAAAGUUGCUAAACACCAUCUCAACGAAUGUAGUCCAGAGUUAAGUUCGAGAAUUGAGUAUAGAAUGGAACCACUCGACAUACAUGUCAUGGAUAAUUUAGAAAAAUACGAUGCAGUUGUCAUUUCCGAAGUAAUCGAACACAUCGAUAAUAAGCCGGAUUUUCUUACAUCCUGUGUUGAUUGUCUUAAACCUGGAGGAUCCUUAUUCAUAACAACUUUAAAUCAAACCCCAGUUAUGUGGGUGACUGGUAUAAUUUUGGCAGAAUAUGUCCUCAAUCUUGUACCUAAAGGAACUCAUCACUGGGAAAAGCUGAUUACCCCUAAAGAAUUGAUAAAAAUAUUAAAUGCUUUGAAUUGUGAUACGGUCAUGUUGAAAGGAUGCAUUUACGAAUUCUGGUCAAAUAAAUGGCAAUGGAUUCCUAUUGAUGAUUUUUCAUAUGCGUUACAUGCAAUUAAGUCGGAGAAGUCAUAAGUCAGUUGUUUGUAAGGAUGCGCAUAACAUUUUAGUUUUGUAAGGAAUUUUAUUUUGUGGAUGUUCUUGAAAUAUAUUAUUUAUAGUUUUUGCGAUAGAGUCUUGAAUUAAAGUUUAAA